GCUGCUGCUGCCGCCGCUGCACUCGACAGCAUCGCUGACCAGGUAUGCGCCAUUUCCCAACACAUUGCUGAGCAGCAGGAGCAGAAGCAGCAGCAGGAGGCUCUGCAGCAGCAGUAUGCCACUGCCAUACAGGUGAGGCAGCAGCAACUGGAGAGACAGGAAGCACUCGUCUCGCAGCAGCGGGAUCUAUUGCAGCAGCAGCAAGAACGGCAGCACAAGCAGAUGACGGGGGCUCUCGAGGCUGCAACCCGGCUGCAGCAGCAGCAUCUGGAAUUCCAGCACGCCAGCUUGAUGCAGCAGCAGCAGCAGGCUAAUGAGCAGCGAACCUACAUACAGGAGCACACCCUUGCUGCACUCGCUGCUGCAGACUCGAUUGUGGCAGCGGCCCGCGCCGCUGUCUCAUCGCUUGACGCCGAAAGGCGCAGCUCUCCCAACAACAAAUUGCAUGUCGUGUUUGCUGCGCCUCCCCGUGAUCCAGCCAGCCUCCUGAAGCUUCAGGCUUCCGCUGCUGCUGUGGACGCGGCUGCGAGCAAAACCAAGAAGAGACUCGGCGAGACAGAGACGGGGGGAGAGAUUGCGUGGGCUCUGCAGGACGAGGAGCUGUGCGACUGCCGGAAGCCUAUCGCCGAUCCUCACGCCUCUCUGCGAAUGCUGGAGUGGCGCUUAGUCCCCGAAAGCUUGGCUGCUGCCUUCUCGACUACUCCCAGAAAAAGACGACUGCGCUGCACCGCCAAGUGGCUAAUGGCUGCUCUCUGGGUUGUUGCGCUGCUGGCUGCUGUUGGCUGGCUAUUGUGGCACUUAUGCUUCGGGGGCCCAGAGGCUUCGCACUGGAGCGUCCGCUGGAUCGCCUUCAGCUGUUUCUGCCUUUGUGUGCUCGUGGUACCGUGGGGUGCUGGGGAAGUGGGGAGCUCGGUGUGUAGGUCAAAGGCUCAAAAAAGCGCUGCCUAUGCGCCGCCUCUUGCCGCGUGGACUAAGGCCUGUAAGGCAACCCCACGGGAAGGGCGUGAGGCGACGGCGACACUGCGUAAUAUAGUGAUUGGAUGGCUGCGCCUUCGACUGGCCGCCUCGCGCUCCUCUCAGAUAGCGUCAGCCUGUCUUCGAAUUUGUGCUUUUCGGAGGCUCAAUGUGCUGUCUGGAGGGGGCACCGCCUUGUUUGUAAACUCCCGCAGGGGAGUGCCACCAUCAACGCAGAGACGCCUCAAGAGUUACAAGGAGGAAAUGAACGAACUCAAGAAGCUCAAGCCGGAAGCCCCUCUUUUCCCGCCACCCCCUUUUGCCGCCUUCACGUUUGACUAUGCCCCUGGGCUGCUGGGGGAUGACGUCAACGCAUCUGCAAACGCCAGAGGUGCAGCAAGCGCCUGUAAAGACAGUGCGGCGCCAGCGAUGCAGCAGAGCUACCCAAGUGUGCAGCCGCACGUGCACAUUCCGCUUUCGGCGGGAGAAAACAACUGGGGCCCUCUUCCUCUGCCAGGUGUGGCGUCGCCCCUUGCAAUGCUGCCACCCUCGCCAAACGGGCUGCUGCAGCAAGGCAGCAGCACUCCCCCGAAUCAGCAGCAGCAGCAGCCUGUGGUGAUGCAGCCCAUGCCGGUGGAAGACACAGUCAAUGGGGGCGGCAAAGGAGGGCCUUUGGCUGGACAGUGGAGCUACCUGGGUUCGACGUCGAGCAGUCUGCUCAACAAGCUCCUGCAGCACUGGCGGCAGGAGCAGCAGGCCCUUACAGAAAAACUGAAAAACAACAGAACUGCAUUCAUAAUGCCCACAGUUCCGCACUCCCUCGAAGCUAGACAGCAACAAGAGCAACCGCCGCUGCAAUACACCGCAACCUCAAAGGCUCUAAGCGAUGUUGCCCAUCCUUUGCAGUCCUCAGCUCCUGCGUGGCAGCAUGAGGGAAUUCAUAACGCACCACUUCGUGGACUCUCCGAGCAGCGAAAAAAGGACCAAAACAGCCUAAGCCUUCCCCCAGCCCCCCAGUGCCGGUGGCAUUUCCGCCAAAGUAUCAGCAGUGUCUCCGACAGCAGCAGCAGCUGCUGCUGUCUGAGCUGUCUCCACGAAGGCACAGGUAAGGCCGCGUGGGCAGCGUGCCGCGGCGUGGGAAGCCCCACAUGUCGUCGGAAGGGAAGCAGAAGUUUCUCCAGCUUUUCCCUGCCUUUGAAGCCCCCUCGAGCAGAAUCAAGCCCACAUUCAGCAGCAGAAUACGCUUCCACAGUGUCUCUAGAAAAGCAUGAGGGGAGCUUCCGCAACGCUCACGGGCUAGACACACGUGGAAGCCUGCAGGCGUCAAGUACCAGCUGCAGCAGCGGCAGCAGUCCCUGUAGUUGCCAUGCAGCGCACUACGCGCCUUCAGGUAAUCUUGUUAGGACUGCGAGGGCAGAGCCGCUCAAGAGAACGCGCUACCACAAGCCUCCCCACAGUCCCUCAGAGCGCGUAAGGGAAGGCGACAGAAGCCGUUACAGCUGCUGUAACGGCAUGGUUGGAAACGCUGUUAGCUUUCCACCGAGGCACCCGCGGAGCCGCGCCGUUGUUCGCAUGCAAGCAGUCAGCGCCCUAAGGAUGCACAAAGGCUCUUGUGGGGGAACCAGCAGACAGCAGGAUACGGCGCUUGCUUCCCACGACUGCUCUGGUAGCUGCAGACGAUUCGUCGCUGCUCCAGAGUAUACGCGGGAGGCUCCUGGAGGCGCCUGGAAGUCUGCUGCUCCCCUUGGCACCGUCACCAUCUCUUCAGCUGCAGCGACACCGACCAGUCUAGAGGACUCAGCGACUUUGAGCUCAGCGCUGCUCAGCUACAGCAACGGGGGGGGGAGCGCAGUACCCGCAAGUCUAGAGAUCGCCGAAGUAUCGGCAGCGGGAGCCUUGCAGAUGUUGCAGUUCCUUGUGGUGGCAAAAGCCCAAGUGGUCGUGCGGGGAGAGGCUCAGCAACUGCAUUCGCCGUCGGAUGUUUUGCUGCACGGUGCGCAGCUCUUUCAAGAGCUGCUGAACUUCCACUGGUUCUUCCACCAGUCGAAGGAAACACAAUGGGACCUGCCCGUACAGCAGCACAGUUUUUUGAAGAAACCAGAGCAGGCCUCUGUGCUGCUGACUCCCGCAGCGUCUACGAACGGCAUUCUGAGCAGAGACGCCGCCGUCUCCCAGCAGCCUUUCGCCAGUCCGCAUUCCAGAAGCUCCCAAGGGGGGGGAGCGGGGGAGAGAACUGCUCCUGGAGUCUGGAGUCGGGGUGGCUCGCCAAGGAGAGCGGCGGGGGGGGGCCCCCUCAGUGCCUCCCUGGGGGAAAGCCGCCGUACUCUCACCGUCUCAGGAGGCCCUCCUCAGGAUGAACUCACGAGCUGGAGCGCCCAAGAAUUGGGGGAGUGGUUGCGCUCAGACACGCGACACUAUAGAAGCAACAGCAGCCGAAGCGACACUGGACGCUACCCGCAGAUGCAGUCGGAAGCUCUCAGCAGCUGGCAUUCUCAGCACAGAGAGCCUGAGCGGCUCCCUGCAUGGCCUGCAGAUAGCGCUGGACCAGAGCUGACGCCUCCUACACCGCAGUUUUCUGCAGCCUCACCGGCUCCGCGACUAUCUGACGUCAACACGGGGAUGUUUACAGAGGCUUUCGCAAGCCACGACGGAGCGCACAGACAAGAACGGACAGCCUGGCGGAGUCUCGAUCCCCCGACAAGCUCGUACGGGGAACUUACGCAAACAAUGCAGCAGCAGCAGCAGCAGCAGCAGCACUACCACCAUCUGCAACAGCCGCCCCCGCAACGCGAUCUGCAGCCACUCGCAAGCUCCCAGGAGACAUCAGGCACGUCUUCUACCCAAGCGUUCCAAACAACCGAAGCAUCCAUGGGAUCUCAGCUACAGGGAAUAGCGGAAGGCCAGCUACUGCUUCAGGAGUUGCAGCAGCAACAGGAGCACCUGCGAAUGCAGCAGGCACGGCUUCAGCAGCAGCAACAACAACAGCAACAGCAGCAACAACAGCAGCAGCUGCACGGCCUCUCCUCCACAGGAGGAGCCUGGACCAACAGCGGAGUUUCUGUGGCUCCCAGCAGCGAUCGCACGGGGAGCUCAAAUUAUUUCGCUCUGCCAACAGCAGCCGCCCUCUUUCGCACAGCCGGCGAAGACACAGCAAGGGCCUCUAUGUCACCUGGUCCCCCCGUGCUGCCGUCUGCCACCUCGUCUUCAGCGCCUCCCAUGAGCGCUGCAGCAACCUACAACGCAGUGCACCCCGUUUGGUUUCGCAGCAGCAGCAGAGACGCAACUCCCAAUCGGACUGCCAGCAGCAGCACGACCUCCUCUCGCCUCUUCACGUUCAACCCGGAAAAGCUUGAGAGCGCUGGCCUUGCUGUCGCGGAUUCGGGGAGGGCUCAUGAGAGUCUCCUCCCGACUUCCUUUCCAAGAUGGUCCACUGCAUCUGAGCCGGCGUUUUCUAGAGCCUCAGAGCAGGUGGCCUCUGAGGCUCUCUUGCGCAGCAGCAGCAGCACCUCGGCAACUGCGCUGGAGAGACACGUGGGAGAAGUCUAUGGCGCGACUUCUAGCGACAUGAAUAUGGCGGAGAGCUUGCCGCCCCUUUCUCCGAAGGACAGAUGCCUUUGCUGCGCCAUCAGUGCAUGCGCUGCUUUUGGACUCUCCUUUUUGUCCUCUCCUUCUAUUAUGACUCAACUACCCUAG